AUUAUAAGGGGAAAUUCGGUGAAUGCAAGUUCACAACAUUUAUCAGUAAAUAAAUAAAUAUUUCUUAAAGAAUCGAUAUUCCAACUAAUAGAAUUUUUAGCAAACUUAUAAUUUCACAUUAAAAGUAUAUAAAUAUAAAUGUUUUUUUUAUGGUUUCUCAUCAUCAAUCUCCUAGAACUGGUUCUCUACUAUUAAUUUAAAACCUAGCAACCCUAAAACCUAUAUCUCUCACUUAAUCAAGGAAAAUGAUGAGGAUGAAGAAAAUGACUAUGCAUAUGAGUCUCUAUUGGGGAAAAGAUGCUGUAGUACUUUUCCCUGGGUGGCCUAAUGAGAGUGUAGGCAUGUAUAUUUUAGCUUUCUGUUUUGUGUUUUUCCUUGCUUUGGUUGUUGAGUUUUUGCCUAACAAACCCACCAUCAAGCAAGGGACAAAUCACAUUAAGGGAGGGUUGAUUCAAGCUAGUAUUUACUUUUUUCGUAUAAGUUUUCUUUACUUGGUUAUGCUGGCUGUUAUGUCUUUCAAUAUAGGAAUCUUCAUUGCUGCUGUUGCUGGUCAUACUUUGGGUUUCUUUUUUGUCAAGUCUCAUGCUAUUUCUGCUGCCAACAAAGAACUAAAGCAUGAAUCCGCCGUGAGUAUCGAUGAAAUUUAGUCACCAUGAGUCGAAAAAACAUGCAGUCUUCGAAGUUACGAAAUAGAUAUUUGAUGUUGAGUUUGUAUUUUGAGUCUGACUUACUGAAAAUAAAAUGUAUUGUGAAUCAUAUGAUAUUGAUCUAGUGGUGACGAUUUAUUUGUGA